UCCUGCUGCGGUGCGGCCCGUUGGAACCCUGAUCCCUUUGAACGGUGAUUUGCGCUCUCGGCGUUCUAGUUUUCAGCUUUUUGCACCAAACAACCUCUCCCCGUGCAGGAUCAGGCACACGUGCGCGCUCUCAUCCCCUCAACACGCUCUCUUGUCGCUGCCCGGCGUUUCUUCCCCGCCAUCUGCCCAACCAAGCCUAACUUGGAGGGUUGGCGGCCUUAACCCGUGUUUUCUGAUUACGAGCUACCUCCCGGUACCCUAUCUAUUCCAUAUAACUUCCCCGCCUCCCUCCCUCCCUCUCUAUGCCUAGGUGGACAGAUCGCUCUCCUUCCCCCCGGCGAGAGGAGAGAAGAAGAAGUCGAAGUCGGUCGCCAAGAAGACGUCGAUACGAUGAUGAUAGAGAUAGAGAUAGAGGGCGCAAGAAGCAGAGCGGAUUCCGGUGGAAGGAGAAGCCCCGUCGCGAUGACGAUAUCUCCGGCAGAGAGCCAGAAAGAGGCUUAGAGCGCGGAUAUAGAGAAAGAGAUCGGGCACGAUCACCAUUCAGAGAUCGAGACCGUGACUACGGCCGCGGGAGAGAACGAUACAGAGACGGAGACAGAGACAGAAGGCCGUCCGACCGUGAUAGGGAUAGAGCUCCAGAUCGAGAUACGGAGAGAAACAGAAGUAAGGAGGAUCGCGAUAGAAAAGAACGAAAGCCAAAGGAGAAGAAGGAAAAGAAGCCAGCGGGCCCUGCAGAACCGAUGAUUGUUGUGCACGUCAACGACCGACUCGGCACAAAAGCUGCCAUUCCCUGUCUUGCAUCCGAUCCAAUUCGAUUAUUCAAGGCACAGGUAGCUGCGCGGAUAGGUCGCGAGCCACACGAGAUUUUACUAAAGCGACAAGGAGAAAGGCCGUUCAAAGACCAACUCACGCUGGAGGACUACGGCGUCAGCAAUGGGGUACAACUUGAUUUGGAAGUGGAUACAGGAGACUAACUGGAUGCGUUCUUUCUGUUUCCUCCGUCCAGAUGACUGUUAUGACCAUGGCAGGCGUUCGGUUUCUGCGUUUUGAUGAUCAUUAUAUUUUGGUUUGUAGAACUCAUGUAUUAUUACUGCAACU